AAAAAGAAAAAGAAAAAGAGCUGGAAAACAAAGUGGUUGUGGUUGCUCAAAUCAAAUCAAAUCAAAUAAAAUCAUCAUCGUCCCUUUGCAUUUGCAUUUGCAGUUGCAGUUGAAAACAACCUCAGCGGGGCUACGUCGUUUCCCCCAAAUCCCUAAAUUGCAAAUCGAUUUCUAUAUCAAAUGAUCCGAUUCAUUCUGUUGCAGAAUCGCCAGGGGAAGACCCGUUUAGCCAAAUACUACGUUCCUCUCGAGGAUUCCGAGAAGCACAAGGUCGAAUACGAGGUUCAUCGCUUAGUUGUAAACAGAGACCCCAAGUACACCAAUUUCGUUGAGUUUCGUACCCACAAGAUAAUAUACAGGCGAUAUGCUGGCUUGUUUUUCUCGCUCUGUGUUGACAUCACUGAUAAUGAGUUGGCUUAUUUAGAGUGCAUCCAUUUAUUUGUCGAAAUAUUGGAUCACUUCUUUAGCAAUGUGUGCGAGCUGGAUUUGGUUUUUAACUUCCACAAGGUCUAUCUUAUACUUGAUGAAUUCAUUCUAGCGGGUGAACUGCAAGAAACUAGCAAGAAGGCUAUCAUUGAGAGAAUGGGGGAACUGGAAAAACUAGAGUGAAAUAUUACAUUUCUGCAGAAUCAUAGUGGUUGGGAGAUUCUCACAAUUUUCUCAUGCACUUGGCAUGAUUCUUGUGUUUCAAUUGUGAUUCAGAAUUUUGAAAAUAUUUUCCCUUGAGCCAUGUAUUCAGCACGCUCUGCCUAGGCUUCUUACUCGGCUUGUGUUAAUACAUUGAAGACAUUCACAUUCAUAUGAUCAGGUUUUCUUGUAACCUUUA